AUGGGUACGAUUUGCGUCAUUGGCCGUGAACCCAAAAUUCUGGAUGCGUCCCAGAGGGAAAUGCUGGUUCAGCUGGGCAAGGCGGUUACAGAAGCAUUGCUGCUCCGGGAGCGCGCUUAUUACCCGGACGUGAGCGGGGAUCAGAGUCAAUACAAGGAAAUUCACGGGCUGACUUACGAACAGAGCCUGGGCUACGGCUGGCGCGAGAUUAUUCACCCCGAGGAAAGGACGCGGGUUCUUUCCGAACUGAAGGUUUUCGCAGAUAUGGGCGGGUCCAUCAGCACGAGCUUUCGUUUGUUGCGAGGGACACAGGAGCUUUAUGUCCACGCCAACAUCCGCGCGGUAACGAUUGAUGCGUCUGGCAGGCGCGGUUUUGUAGGGACCGUGGAAGAUAUCUCCACGCUCAGACUGACGGAAGACAGUUUGCGGUCCACAAACCGCUUUCUUGAUCGGGCCGAACGGAUUUCCGGUGUCGGGGGAUGGGAGUCAGAUCUUCGCACCCGGUCCGUGAAAUGGACUGACCAGAACAAGCGCAUUUAUGGCGUAGACGCGAGCUAUCAGCCUGUUUUUGAUGAGCACAUGAAGUAUUUCGGGGAGAAGGAAAGGCUGCUUAUCGAAAGCACCACCGCGCGAGCCCUGAAGACCGGACUUCCCUGGGAUCUUGAGCUUCCCAUGACCAAUGCCAAAGGUCAGGUCAUAUGGACGCGCCGGGUCGGAGAAGUCGAGUUUGAGGACGGCGUGCCCGCAAGACUGGUCGGUACAUUGCAGGACAUCACGAAGCAGAAAGCAUUUGAAAAUCAGCUUGUCGAGACAAACAGCCUGCUCAGGCAUGUUGUGGAAAACCUUCCCUGUGGACUCAGUGUUUUUAACAGCGAUCUGCAACUGAUCUUGUAUAACCAAAAGUUCAAGACUCUGCUGGGGCUUCCAGACAGCCUGUUUGACGUCCCGGUCGUUACCUUUGCAAGCAUUAUUCGUCACAACGCCUUGCAGGGGCUGUACGGCGAGGGGCCUCCCGAGCAAUUCGUUGAAUCGUUUUCCGAGCUUGCACGCAAGCCCGUCGUCCAUGAUUUUCAAAGGAGUGGUCCGGGCGGCACAACGCUUGAUGUGCGUGGAGCCCCCAUGCCUGGAGGCGGUUUCGUUUCUACCUAUGUUGAUAUCAGCGCAGCGAAGGCUGUGGAAGCUUCGCUGAUGCUGAGUGAAGAGCGGCAAGCGCGGGCCAUGGCCGCAUCCCGCGUGGCGCUGUGGGACCUUGAUCUUCGUGACCAGAGCGUUUACAUGUCUUCGACCUGGUCCGAACUGGUAGGUGGCCCAAGUGGGCCACGAACAACCACCUUCAAGGACAACCUAGCGCUUGUGCCUGAAGAGGAGCAGGCCAUGGUGAUGAAAGCCGCCAUGGCGAUUGCCAAUGGAAAGAGCGAUCACUAUUCGCUGGAUCACCGGGUCAAGACGGCCAGUGGCUCCCUGAUAUGGCUGCACAGUGAGGGGCGGGUGACGCAGCGUGAUGCGAACGGCCGACCCUUGCGAAUCACAGGGACGAACCAGGACAUCACCGAACGCCGCCUGGCACAAGAGCAGUUCAAAAACGCAGCAGACAUGACGCGUGCAACGCUUGAGGCCACCACGGAUGGUAUUUUGGUCGUCAAUGCCAAUCGCGAGGUCGUUCUUGUCAAUCAGCAACUCCUGACCCUAUGGAAAGUUCCACCCGGAACGGUAGAUGGUGGUUACGCAGAGUUAACGUCUUUCGCCAUGAGCCAGGUUAAAGACCCUGCGGGCUUUAUUGAAAAAAUCAGGGAGCUGUACCUCCAGGAUCAGACAGAGAGUUUCGACUUGCUGGAACUGCUGGAUGGCCGUGUCAUUGAGCGGUAUUCCAAGCCAUACAGUAUUGAGGGACGCAUGACGGGCCGCGUCUGGAGUUUCAGGGAUGUCACCGCCCAGCGACAUGCGCAGUCUGAACUUGAGCAAGCCAAAAGUGCGGCCGAGGCGGCGAAUCGGGCCAAAACCAGCUUCCUCGCCACCAUGAGCCACGAGAUUCGUACCCCUCUCAACGGCAUUCUCGGACUCACCCGCUUGAUCCAGGAUGAAGCCUUGACACCCCGGAAGAGGGAGUUUGCAAAACUGAUUGAUGACAGCGCGCAGUCAUUGCUGGUACUGGUCAAUGAUUUCCUGGAUCUUUCCAAAAUUGACGCCGGUCGCAUGAGCGUUGAAAACCGGCCAUUCAAUCUGCGCCAACUGGUCACAGAUCUGGCGGCGCUGUUCGGCCAGCGUGCAAACGCCAAGAGCCUGCUCUUUUCGUCUGGCCUGGAUGCUGGUGUACCGGAAUGCAUAUGGGGAGAUAGCGCUCGAUUAAGGCAAGUCCUCUCCAACCUCCUGAGCAAUGCAUUGAAAUUUACGCAUGCGGGGAAAAUUGAUCUCAAGGUUUCGGCGGCGCAUGACAUGCAUGGAAAUCUGGCACUCAGUUUUGUCGUUUCCGAUUCCGGUAUUGGCAUACCGAAGCAGGCGCAGGAAAAGUUGUUUGAAGACUAUGUUCAGGCUGAUGCCUCCACUACACGUCAAUACGGUGGUACGGGGCUGGGGCUUGCAAUUGUCAAACAGUUGAGCGGAUUGAUGGGCGGGCAUGUAGAACUGCAAAGUGAGGAGGGCCAAGGCUCCACGUUUACUGUUGUACUACCCGGUGUUCGUAUUGCACAAGCAGAUGAAGUGUCGGGUCCGGUGGAGUCGCUGGAUCCCCAGGGCCUGCCCGAGCUUCGGCAAGAAAGGGUGCUGGUUGUGGAGGACAACCCCACCAAUCAAAUCGUGGUGGUGGGUCUUCUCGGGAAAAUAGGUUACCGAGAAGUGACAGUGGUGGCCAAUGGUCAGGAGGCGAUUGACGAAGUUGCCAAGGGGGCGACAUUCGACGUUAUUUUGAUGGAUUGCCAGAUGCCGGUCAUGGACGGAUACACCGCAACCCGCGCACUUCGCGCCAGCGGUUGCGCUACGCCCAUUAUUGCGAUGACCGCCAAUGCGCUUGAGGGUGACAUCCAGCGUUGCCUGGAUUCAGGGAUGGAUGCGUAUCUGUCCAAACCCCUUGAUCACCUCAGGAUGCUUGCUGCGCUUGUGAGAUGGCAGGUACCCGCCGCUUCAGAUUCGACCGCCCUGGAGUCCACCCCGUCUGUCAAACCAGGAGGCGAAUCAUCCGUCGCAACAUUUGAUGCGUCUUCUGCGCUGGAAAGGCUGGGAGGGGAUGCUUCACUGCUGGCAACGGUGCUGGGUUCAUUUGUCGAGCGACUUCCCGCGAUCAUGCAGGAGUUGGAGCAUUCAGUCGAACAACGCAACAGUGACGGCACAGGCAGGGCCCUUCACUCCCUCGUCGGUACCGGUGAUGCUGUUUCUGCGCGGGCCAUCUCCCUGACAGUGCGCAAGAUGGCUGAGUUCCUUAAAACGGGCGAUUGGGUCAGACUUGCAGACGCGCUGCUUGUUUUGAAAUCGGAUUUUGACGAUUUCUCGGGCGAGGUCGCGCGCUCACAGUACCGACCCGAACCUGCAGGCCACAGGCUAUCCUGA